UCACUCCAGCUGCCUCAAUUCCCCUCUUUGUGUUUACACAUCCGGGUUUCCCUGUUUGCAGCCCAUUCCCCAUUUAGAAGCCAUUUUGGACACAGAUCAGUAACAUGCAUGUAAACCCCAACCGACCUCCCGACGCCGACGCAGUGGUGCUACUAUUCCAACUAAACAACCUCAAGAAGCGCCGUCGGGUUUCGUCGCAGAUCGUGAAAGAGACCGUCAUCCGAACGUGGAUGUAAUUCCGAUGCGAAGCGGCGCACACAUCGAGGGAGUCGCUGCCCUCGUUGCGAAUCGUUCGCCUCCGUCUUUUCUUGCAACAUUGUUGCACCGCGGCUAUUGACACGCUCUGUGGCUACCGGGAGGACCGUGGAGGCCUGUGGUCGUUUUUUUUUAUCCGCGUAACUCAUGUUUGGACCACCCGAGUUUUAAUGUUCGCGACGGAAAAAAGAGAGAAAAACCCGAGUCGUGUAUUUAAAACAUAACAUGUCGUUUUCAUGGCUGACUUGUUCACUUCUUCUGGGAACUUUAUGUGCAGGUUACAGCCUGGGCGAAGCGGAGACCCGCGAGUGCGUUUACUACAACGACAACUGGCGCACGGAGCGCACCAACCAGAGCGGCUUUGAGCGGUGCGAGGGCGAGAAGGACAAGCGGCUGCACUGCUACGCGUCCUGGCUCAACUCCUCGGGCACCAUCAAGCUGGUGAAGAAGGGAUGCUGGCUGGACGACUUCAACUGCUAUGACAGGCAAGAGUGUGUUUCCAUGGAUGAGAACCCCCAGGUCUUCUUUUGCUGCUGCGAGGGCAACUACUGUAAUGAGAGGUUCACCCACCUCCCCGACAUGAUUGGCAGCGGCAACCGAGUUAUAAUCCGGCUUCCCCCCAUGGUGCCGUCGCUGCUUAAUGUGCUGGUGUACUCUCUGCUGCCGCUGUGCGUGCUCUCGCUGGCGUUGGCCCUGGCCCUGUGGAUGUACCGCCAGCGCAAACCGCCCUACGGACACGUAGACCUGGGGGAGGAUCCUGGGCCCACGCCCCCCUCUCCCAUGGUGGGGCUGAAGCCCCUGCAGUUGCUGGAGAUCAAAGCCAGGGGGCGCUUCGGCUGUGUCUGGAAGGCCCAGCUCAUGAGCGAGUCUGUGGCGGUGAAGAUCUUCCCCAUUCAGGACAAGCAGUCGUGGCAGAACGAGCGGGACAUCUUCCUAACGCCCGGCAUGCGCCACGAAAACCUGCUGCGCUACAUCGCGGCCGAGAAGCACGGCAGCAACCUGGAGACGGAGUUGUGGCUCAUCAUGGAGUUCCACGAAAGGGGCUCGUUGACAGACCACCUGAAGGGAAACGUGGUGACCUGGAGCGAGAUGUGCCACAUAGCGGAAAGCAUGGCCUGUGGCCUGGCCUACCUGCACGAGGACAUCCCCAGCUACAAGGGGGAAGGACCCAAGCCCACCAUCGCCCACAGGGACUUCAAGAGUAAGAACGUGAUGCUUCGAGACGACCUGACCGCCAUCAUCGGAGACUUUGGUCUGGCGGUGCGGUUUGAGCCUGGCAAACCUCCAGGCGACACCCAUGGCCAGGUUGGAACCCGGCGCUACAUGGCCCCGGAGGUCCUGGAGGGGGCCAUUAACUUCCAGCGGGACUCGUUCCUGAGGAUAGACAUGUACGCCGUGGGCCUGGUGCUCUGGGAACUCGUGUCCCGCUGCACGGAGAACGACGGCACCGUGGGCGAGUACAUGCUGCCCUUCGAGGAGGAGAUCGGCCAGCAUCCCUCCCUGGAGGACCUGCAGGAUGUGGUCGUGCACAAGAAAAUGCGCCCGGCACUCAAGGACUACUGGCUCAAACAUCCGGGCCUGAGCCUGAUGUGCGAGACCAUCGAGGAGUGCUGGGACCACGAUGCGGAGGCGCGGCUGUCGGCCGGCUGCGUGGAGGAGCGGAUCGGCCAGAUCUCCAGGACCAUCAGCGGCACCACCUCCGACCGGCCCGUCUCCAUAGUGACGUCGCUAACCAACGAGGACCUACCUCCCAAAGAGUCCAGCACCUGAACCUCAUCACGCACCCCCGCAAAACGCAACAGACUCGCCCUUUACAGAGGAGGGUUUUUAAGUCUUCUUAAAGUUUUUUCUUUUGCUGUUCGUUUGUCGGUUUGGUUUCUCCCCCCAGAAAUCCCGCACCCCAAGAUGGACCUUCUUGUCAAUACUCAAACAACAAGACAAAGAGCGAGAGUGUGAGGAAGAUGGAGGAGAUCCAUCACCACUUGAGCACCGCUGCUAUUUUUAUCUCCUGUAUCGGUUCCUCGUGACUUUUUUUUUUUUUCCCACAAGGCCUGUGUGUUUUACUAAGUUGAUCUUAAGCAACACAUCCGUCUGCUGUAGGGUUGGGAGUGGCGGUGGCGGCGUCAAGCUCAUCCUCUCUUAAGCUCGCCCCCCCACCAACCACCAAUGUGUCAAAACUCACCUUGAUGUCAUUACCUCAUGUACUGCUAUUUUUUUUUUUUUUGGUUCACUGGUUUGUAAUACCCCUUUCUUUGGUGACGUCGGCUGGUUUUUAUUCCCCCCCCCCUCUGCCUCCCUCUCUACCUACCACCGGUCACUAUGGUACAGCCAAAAAGAAAUACAAACGUGUGCUCCAAAUCCUCAAGACACGCCUCAUCGGACCCUCCUUUAAACCCGUGGGGUUCCAGACUGUUAGGACAUCUCAUCUUCCUCAGGGGGUCGUGGCCUCUCGUUUUUAUCUCAAUGUGUGCUCCCUUGAUUGGUACAAAACAACGAUGAAAGAGGGAUGGAUGGCUAUGGGAAUGCGUAGGGACUAAGUGUUUUUUUUUUGGACGUUGGGACCUUUAUUUUUGACUUUAUUUUUUGAAGGGACGACUGUCUGUCCUUGCAAAACUACCUCUCAGGUAUUCAGUAGGCCUACUUUGGAACUAUGAUUUGAGAGCCAUGCUGUCUUAUCUUGCUAGCGUUCAUGGACACUAUUCCAGCUUUUUAGAUUUUUUUUUCGCUUUAGAAAUGCAGUUACUAGCUUGCCACGGCUUCAAUGGAUGCCUUAUGGCGUUGCAAUGAUGCAUUCUUUUUUUUCUUUUUUUAAAUGGAUGUUCACGUUUUGUGUCUGUGUGUAUUGAUAAUGUGACACGAGUUUUUCUAAAAGUAGAAGCGUUUGUCUUUGUAAGUUCGGGCUUAUCAUCACCAGCGCCCUACUUAAAAAAAGGCAACAUGUCUGUUUUGUUUUAUAUUCACUUUUUAGUUUUGUUCAAAGACGAAACAACAGACUAAUGUUGGACAGUAGUGGGUCCCAGAUACCUCAGUCACUGUACACCAUGCAAGGAGAGCGCACACAAGCUCUCCUGGUCUCAAAUGCAAUGCCAUAGUUGUAACAAUAACACCAGUUACCGUAACAUUGAAUGUCUUGUUGUGCUGCUGUGACUAUUCCACGAUACUCAAGGAUUGACCGAUUUCGUUAACGUGCGGCUUAACGUGUGGUGAACUCCCCAUGGUAUUACGUGAGGCGGAUAGUCUUUUUAUGAUUAGUAUUAUUUUAGGUUUUUAUUCUUCAAUUGGGUAAGCUCUCAUGCUGCUUACAUCUCCAAACUGACCUCAGAUAUUCUGACAAGUACCUCAGGCUUUUUCUACAUGUUUCUCUUGGCGUUUGUUGUUAAUGUAUUAUCGUGUUUAGUAGUCAAUAUUUUAUUGCCGGUCGGUCAGGCCUCAGGAGAUUUUGUUUAUUUUUUAUUUCUUUCAUCCCCCCUCCUUCUCUUGAACAGAGCCAGACCAGUUGUUGACACGGUGUGAUCGCUGUACAGACCCUAAAAAACGACCCUGAAGAGACAGAUUCUUGUACAUAGACCUGUAUACACAAGCCGAACACUGAUUUAUAUAUAUAUAGAUAUAUACAUGUAUCUAUAUAUAUUUAUAUAUAUUUUGUUUCUUAAUACAGUAUUGGGGCAUUACUUUCUUUUCACAUGAAUGGAAAAGGGACUUCUCUUGGAUCUCUACCCUCUACUUAUUUAAGAGUCAUCUUCCACAUGGAGUCCUGUGAAAUAUACAGUAUAUAUAUAUUUUUUGCAAUGUAUUUUCUAUUGAAUCUUUCGAGAAAGCGGUUUCCCCCCCCUAUUAUAAUUAUUGUUAUUAUUACAAUUGGAAACAGAACCUUUGAAUUAGAAGCUGUGUAGUUGAAUGUGUUGGGUACAAUUGCAUCAUCUCUAUUG